AUUUAGAGAAUGAGUUGUCGCAGGAACAUGUGACGUUCUACCUGGAAAUAAGUAACUUGAGCAGUCCAGUGGGAGGACUACUGCCAUGGAGCACAGUGGCACGUCUGGUGCAGUCUCUGCUCGUGAAGCGUACUCUCCUGUCCAACCUUCUGAGGAGGGAGGUUAUCACGUGGCAUCCACCUUCGAGAUGCCUGAGGAGCUUUCACCACUCACUGACUAUCUGUCUGAUCUUACAGACAAGGAAUGGGUGGCUUUCUGUCAGGCAACAGCGGAUCCACUGUCCAAGGAGCAGUUUUUCAAACUAUGCGUGAGCCUGGUGCAGCAUGUGACCAUGAGCUCAGUGACUGCGGUUGUUCCCGCCCUCGUGAAACUGCUAAGAGAGGACCCACAGCAGCUCCUGCCAAGCCCAGAGAGAGACUGCCUUUUAGAGGCAGAGACGUCAGGCCCAUCUCUCAGAUGCAUUGAAGAGGGACAGUACAUCGCAGUGCUCAGGAAUGCCGGGCUGACGAAGGCUGUCCUUAAACUGAGCAGCGGCAAAACUCAAGAUGCCAGAUCUCCAGACUCUCCCCUCUCCUCAGAAGAGAGGUCCCAGAUCUCAUUACUGAAUGAAUUUGGGGUCACAGAGGAAGGCAUCCAACGCAGUGUCCAGGAGACCUUAAAGGAACUGAAUGUGGUCGGCUGCCAAGCUGGCACUGAAGAGUUGACCAACGCCAUUGUAAGAGAAGCAGUGAUAUGGCUAAACACUAACCUGGCCGAGUUAAAAAAGACAGUUCCAAAUGAAUCAGAAAGCCCAGCUCCUCGUGAAUCUUUCAGCCCUGACAAGUUAGUCGAGAAGAUCAGUAUGAAGCUGAAUAGUCAAAAAGGAGCACAGGGUGCUAUGCAACAGCUUCUCUGCUGGACGAGAUGCAAUUCAAAAUGUUCCUCUGAGGAAGAUUCAGUUCUGUCCUCAACUGUGGGUGACUCGAUGACAGUUGUCAUCAGCACAAUCGAGUCAAGCUUGGAUGAACAAUCUUCGGUGUGCAAACCUGCCAAAUGUCUGCUGUCAACUAUCAGGCAAGCUGAGAAAACCCUUGCGUGCCAAAGUUCUUCCCUGUCUGAUGUGUUUCUUUCUGACACAGAUCUCUACGGAGGCAGUGUUGAGUCUAUCACACAAGCGGGAGGUCAGACUCAAGCCGUUCAACCAGGAAUGCAAGCGCUUUACUCUGGUGAUUUCCUUUUGAAGGCCAACAAGGCUGUGAGCAGUGUUCUGGUCAUUAAAAUGAAGCAGUUCGACUCCGCUCCUUCAAGUGCUACGUAUCUCUGUGCAACUGAUACCCGAGCUUCUGUUGCCAUCUCAAGGAGCGAAACAGAGCAUUCACCUGAAGUGUAUCUUAAACAUGCAGAUGCUGCUGCCUCAGAAAUUGUUGACCAGUUUGCAAGAGACCUGCAAAUGUGCGUUGAGUCACUCCAGUCACUCAGCAUUUCAAACAAAAGUGACUUGGGUUCCCCAGAGGGUCAAGGCAAGGGCUCUGAAAUGAAACUAGGAAGUCUCGAGAGCGCGCAGGACAUCCCUAAGAAAGAAUUUACCUCCGCUGCCUUGACAAUGUACCAAAGUGUGCAGGGUAAGGUGAGAGAGUUCUUUCCCCGGUUGUAUUUUAAUAGGAAACAACAGUAUGAACAUUUGGAGGAAAUACCUUCAAAGGAUGACAUAUUUGACCAAUCAAAAGCCACCCCUGCCCUCUCUGGCCCUCUGAGUGAGAGUGAAGAUCUGCCAGUGACAACUGACCUUCAAGAUUGCACCAACGAAGUAAUGGGAGAGCUUUUGAUGGCUGUUAAAGAACAAAUAGCAGAAGACCAGACAUCUUGCACUGAAGGAAAGAUAACACCAGCAGGGAGUUACCUGGCAGUGAACAUUAUGCUGGAGCUCGAAAACAACUUGUGUCUGAGCACAUCUGGUCAUUCUCUGCAGAGUUCAGCUGAGAAGCAAGGUUCUGGAACACCCUCCAUCCUGUCACCAGGGUCAACUGCAUCUGAUCUUGUUGGGACAGUUGUUGGCAUUCAGACCCUGUUACAGUCCACAGGAUAUGAUGCCAUGGACACUGAUAGCAAAGGGAACAGCAAGGGAGAUUCAGCUGUUUCACUGGACAAGUCCCAGGUUGAAGUGGAGGCUUCUAAGGUAAAAAUAUGGUCAGCCACCAAAGGGAUGUUUGGAAGCCUACAGGGGAAGGUGAAAGACCUUUUCACCAAGUCCCAGCAACAUGGUUCAAAGGUCGAAGACAAAGCAUCUGCCGAAGAGGCCAUUAGCAAUGUGAUUAUCGGCACUGAGAAAGAUGUUCCAGAAUUUGGACCAUGGGAACAUGAUUCCGAGGACCUCCAGCGGUUUCAUGACACAAUAAAUGCAGUGUUCCAACGUUUUGGAGAGGUGGAUGUACAGCAACCUGCUUCAGCUUCUUCCUCUGCUCCAAAGAGGAAACUCUCACCUUUGAAUCAAGAGACAUUACCUGGGGUAUUGCCUAUCUUUUCUGAGAUACCUUCUGAAAGCCCUUUCACUAACAUUGACUCGGAUGGCGCGGAUGACUUGGAUGACGCUGCUGUAGAUGAAUCUGCAGCUGGCAUCACUCGGGACACCAUGGUUGAAGUUGUGAAAGCCAUACUCGAAAAGGUGGAUCUCAGGGAUCCUUCUUCGUCACAUGCCCAGGGUCUUACAUCAGUUGCACAAAGCUUAGAGAGAUUCUUGUCCAGCAGCAGUGUCAACUCAUCUUCUCAAGACCUCAUUGACCAUAUCUAUGGUCUUUUCAUGAGGAGCAACAACACAACCCCUGAACAGUGUGCUUCAGACACUGUGCUUUUGAAUCAGGGGCAGAGGAAAGAAUCAGGGAUACCGGUUGCCUCCCAAAUCCUUCAUAUUUACAUUGAGGAGAGUGUCAAACACCUUUUUCUUUCCUGUUUCAAACUUCCCUCUCCUUGGAGUGUGAACAAGGAUAGCUCCCUGCAACCUGCCCAAACUUCCAACUCUUGCCCAGGUAGCCUGACCGACAUGGCUUCAAACUAUCAAGACAAAAUGGCCGCCACUAAGUCUCCAUCGCAAAUACUGAGUGACACAGUAUGCCUUGUCAAUACAAUGAUGGUGAAGGAAGUGAUAAACAGUCUGACUGUGGCACUGAGUUCAAACCAUAACCUGGAGGGCUCCAUCCAGGACCAGAGUACUCUCUCCACCAGUGCUCUUAUAACUUCAGUUUCAGGCAAUAUGUCUGCAGCCAGUGUUUUUCCACUCCAUUCGUCUUUCCCCUCAGAGACGAGCAGAGAUGGCCGGACGCCUAGGAAACGCUCUCCUUUCAGAAUAUUUUCUGCUCGAACGAGGAAGACCUCUUAA